AUGGCCUCGAUAGCCAUUGCGCAAAUGCGAGGCGCCACAGUCUACGCAACUGUAAGCACGGAAGAUAAGAAAGAUUUCCUUGUGAGCGAGUUGGGUAUGCCACGAGAGAACAUUUUCCAGUCCAGAGAUACUUCGUUUAUGGAGAGCGUCUUUGCGGCCACGAAUGGAAAAGGUGUGGACGUUGUGCUCAACUCGUUGACUGGUGAUCUUCUCCAUGCCAGUUGGAGAUGCUGCGCCAACUUCGGAAGGUUCGUUGAAGUUGGAAAACGUGACAUUGUCGAUGCAGGAAAGCUCGAUAUGGAUGUGUUCUUCCGCAAUGUGACCUUUACUGCGUUCGAUCUGACCGAGCUCUUCUACCACGAGGACCAGUUCUACAGGGACAUUUGGAUCAAUAAAUCCAAGGAAGCUCUAGAGCUGUAUCGUUCCGGCGCUGUCAAGCCAGUUCCCAUCAAAACCUUUGACGUCUCAGAGAUCACGCAAGCGUACCGUUUCUUCUCUCAGAAGAACAGAGUAGGCAAAGUUGUCAUUUCAAUGCAGAAUCCUCAGAGUAUUGUUCAGGUACGACGCUGUCUCUCUUGUCAAGCGAAAAUUAUGUUAAUGAGCCCACAGGCCGUUCCCGCACAAUAUACAGCGAAGUUUGACGCCAACAAAUCAUACGUCCUGAUCGGCUGUCUGGGAGGACUCGGACGUAGUCUAAGCAAGUGGAUGUUCCAACGAGGUGCCCGCAAUUUCACAUUCCUUGGGCGCUCCGCUACCGACAAACAAGCGGCCCGUGAAGUAGUCCACAACCUUGAGAAAGCCGGCGCCACUGUCCAGGUCGUUCGUGGUGAUGUGAGCAACAAAGACGAUGUCGUUGCUUGCAUGACUGUCUCUCCAAAGCCAAUUGGUGGCGUAGUUCAAGCCGCUAUGGGUCUGCACGAGGCUCUUUUCUCCACCAUGACCAACGCAGCAUGGCACACGGGUAUCCAACCGAAGUGGCGUGGGACCUGGAACAUCCACGAGGCCCUCGAAGGUAUAGACGACAAGCUAGACUUCUUCCUGCUGACCUCCUCUGUCUCCGGGAGUGUCGGCACUGCCACGGAAAGCAAUUACUGCUCCGCCAACGGAUUCCUGGAUGCCUUCGCUCGAUACCGCCACAGUCUAGGCAAGCCAGUCAGCUCCAUCGGCUUUGGCAUGAUUUCCGAAGUCGGCUAUCUCCACGAAAACCCAGAGAUCGAAGCGCUACUCCUUCGCAAAGGCAUCCAGCCUCUCAAUGAAAAGGAAUUCUUGCAGGUGCUUGACCUUUCACUAUCUGGCACGCCAUCGGCAGGAGGCAUGGAGUACGAUAAGCUCGCUCAGUCCCACAUCCUGACCGGCCUGGAGCCCCACGGUAUUCGCAAGAUGAUGGAGCAAGGCUUCGACGUCAACAACGGAACUAUGCAAGACCCUCGCACAAUCCUCCUCUCCGCCUCCCUCGACGCCGGCUCGGCAGAAGAUGGUGGGGCCGUCGCAUCCAUCGACGCUUCCUGGUCCAAAGGCCUGCCCGCACCCGUCAUUAAAGCUCUCGCGGCGGAAGCAGCGGGAGCUGCAUCCCUGAACGAGGCUAUCUUACUGCUUGUGUCCAGGAGGUUUUCAAAUUUGCUGCUCAUGCCGCUGGAUAAGGUGGACAGCAGGAAGCCACUGGCGUCGUAUGGAAUGGACAGCAUGAUCGCGGCGGAGUAUAGGUCGUGGUUCUGGAGCGUUUUCAAGGUGGAUAUUCCGUUCUUGGAUAUCCUGAGUUCGACGAAUCAUCUGCAGACGUUGGCGGGGAUGGUAGAGAAAGAUCUUGUGGAGAACAAGGACGGAUGA